CACUAGUAUACUUAUAAGCUGUCGAAAUGUCAGAGAAAAACAUUUUAUCUGUUCAGGAUGAAAGACUCAAUAUUUUACAUAAAAAAAUUCUAGAAAUGAAAAAGAAAAUUCUGUUAAUUGAGGGUCAACGAAAAUCGUGGUUCGAAGAGAGCAAUUCGAGAAGGAAGGAGAAUACUCAAAAACUUCUUGUUUUAAAAAAAGAAGUUAAGAUUCUCCAUGCAGAGCCACAGUAUUAUAAUGUAGAUGAAAACACUAAAUACAAAACUUAUUUUAAUAAUAUCAAUCCUACAGAUUCAAAAAAAGUUAUUACUAAUUAUGAGAAAGAAAAACAGGAUGAAUUAAUUCUUCGAUUAAGAAAAACCAUAGAUUACAUGAUAUGUAAUAGAGAAAAGAAAAAGAAUACUUUAUAUAAUAUGUUAAGCUCAUAUACAAAAGCAAUAAACAACAAAAAAUUAAAACACGCUUGGAAAGAAUUAGGAUUUGCUCAUAAACAGUUUUUGUGGCGCAACCAGCAACAGAAAGUAUCAAUUUAGAAAAUCAAUUGCAACGCUUAAAUAUAAUGCAAAUGGAGGCAGAUACUAUUAAUAAAAAGUACAGGAGUGUUAAAGUAAGUUUAAAUCUGGAUGCG